AUUUUCGGCCCAAAUCCUAAAAAUCGAUUUCAAAUCCUAAUUUCUAAAAUCCCAAAAUCCCCUAAAACCCUUUACCAUCAGUUCUCGUUCUGAAGUCUCAACCACUUCAUCUCAGGAAUCCAAGUAAAGUUGAAGACUUCUAGCUUUGUUUCCGUCAUUAUUUGUUUCAAUACCACCUUCUUCAUCGCAAUUUGCAGAGAAGUUUGAGGUCUCUGGGAGUAGUUUUGAACUUUUAUCACGAUGGGCAAAGGACCGACACCAUUUGCAAAUAUUGGCAAACAUGCAAAAGACCUGUUGACAAAAGAUUACAACUUAGACCAGAAGUUUACACUCUCAAUGCGGAGCUCUACUGGAAUGGGUUUUACAGCUACAGGUCUGAAGAAGGACCAAAAGUUUUUUGGUGACAUAAAUACCGUCUAUAAGAGUGGAAGUACUAGAGUAGAUGUGAAAGUUAAUACCUAUUCUAAUGUGUCUACAAAGGUGACUGUGAAUGAUCUCUUGCCAAGUUCCAAGGUGGCCUUUAGAUUCAAAACUCCUGAUCACAAGUCUGGCAAGCUGGAGAUUGAGUAUCUCAAUCAUCAUGCUGCCAUUGGUUCUAGCAUCGGCCUCAAUCCAACUCCCCUUUUGGAGCUUUCAGCAGCAAUUGGAAGCAAGGAUCUUGCUUUGGGUGGCGAAAUUGGAUUUGAUACAGCUUCGGCUUCUUUUACCAAGUACAAUGCCGGGAUUGGUUUCAACAAGCCUGAUUUCUCUGCUGCCCUUUUCUUGACGAAUAAAGGACAGGUGCUGAAGGCAUCUUACAUCCAUUCUGUUAAUCCAUCCACUUCUAUUGCUGCUGAAAUGACCCAUAGAUUUUCAACUUUUGCAAACAACUUCAUCAUUGGAAGUUCCCAUGCAAUCGAUCCUCUCACAGUAGUAAAAACCCGAUUCUCUGACAAAGGGAAGGUUGCGAUGUUAUGCCAGCAUGAGUGGAGGCCUAAAUCACUUAUAACAGUUUCAGCAGAGUAUGACUCAAAGUCUAUUAAUACUGCCACAAAAAUGGGGCUUACCCUUGUUCUCAAACCUUGACAUGGGAAACAUGUACAGCUCAAUUGGGUCAAACCACUUGAAUUCAAAAUGGUCUGAAUUCUCCUACAUUUUUUCACCAAACACGAGGAGGGUGGUGUCCACCCAGAUUUUGUAUUGGAAAGCCAUAAAGAUCAGCUGAUUUGUAAAUAAAUGUUCUUGAAAUCUUGAUGUACUGGCGUACUGCUGGGAAAAUUGAAUGCGAUUUUGGAAAAUUUUAUAAUGAAAACGUACAGAUUUC